AUAGGCCCACGACGUCGAAGAUCGCGUUCCUUCACGUCUUCCGCCUUUUUACACUUUCUGUAUCCUUGUGCUUUGGUUUUUGAUAAAGUGAGCACCGAGAGGACGAGGAAAGCCUUCAGUUACAACGACACUGCUUCAAAAUUAAGAUCCGUCAUUUAAAAUGAAAACAAUCGUGUUGUUUGGGUUUGCGCUUGGUGCACUUUGUGCCGCAAGCAAAACAGUUCUCAUAAAUCCCGGGGAGAAGGUCACCUUGGAGUGUGGGGUCGACACCUUCACUUCCCUGCUGGAGUGGCAUCAUAGAGACGACCUGAUAUACCAAGUUCAUGGGCAGUCCGGCUUCCGUCGCAAAGGGAAAGUUGAUAUUGUCCAAAGGGCGAAGUUGAAGAUGAAUACAAAGCUAGAGAUCGAUAAAGUGAAGGAACAAGAUGCCGGAAAGUUCUUUUGCAAAGCAGAUCAGCAACGUCGAGAACAAACACUUCUUGUGGUCACAGUCCGGGUCAGCCCACACAAUGACCUCCAGCUGGGCAGUGAGGCCACGCUCCACUGUGGGGUAAAGGGUCCCGACCGAGACCCUGCAGUGCAGUGGGUGAGACCAGAUGGAAGUCCACACUCAGGGUCACUCAAAUCUGUCGACCACUCCGAUGCAGGGACCUGGGGGUGUACGUUCUCCCACGACGGGGACCCGUACAGAUGGAACCUGACCAUCAAAAUUAAAGAACCUGCUCCUGAAGUUGCACCAUCCCCUUCCCGAAGCCCAACGGACGACGUGCGGCCAACCUGCCCCGACUGCGUUCGCUCGGCUGUCACUCCCCCUGCACCUGGGAGUCCGCUGGGCCUCAGCUGGUGGGUUUGGGUCGCCGUUGGACUAGGCUUCCUGGUUAUGGUUCUCCUCGUGGUCAUCGUCAUUGUCCUGUGCAACAGGAUCAAAAGAAAGAAGAGAAAAUUUCAAACGAUGAAGAAUGGACAGCAACUGAAGCCGAAGAAGUACUGCCAGUGUAACUGCCCAGCAGCUGCAGCAAAAACGCGGCAAGGACGCCGGCGAGAGAAGCAACCAGCUCCCCCUCUGCAACCCCUGCUAAUGCUGUGACAUGAAAGACAGAUCGAAAGAAAGGAAAGACAAACAUGAAGAGAGAGAGAGAGAUUGAGAGGAAGGGGCAGGGAGAAAUAGAUAAAGAGAGAGAAUGAAAAAGAACCCUUGUGUGAAUGCGUCAUGAAUGUAAAUUUGCUUUUUUUAAUGCUCAAGAUGAAAAUCAAAAUCAAAUGUAAUGAUGUGGGUGCUUUGAACUUUUUCACCAAAUUUAACCAGGGAACUAAAUGCAAAUAUGCUCCUCCACUGCAAGAGAGGACAACAUCAGUGUGUGCUUAUUUUUGUCAUUUAUGCCUCAUGUUAACUUGUAAAGAAUACACAACGUCUUUGUGCUAUCCAUUGAAAAAUAAAUUCUUCUCUUGUGUUAAUGUGUAUUUGGUAGAUGCCAAAAUAUGUCCAUGUGUACUGUUUUUCCAUGAUGGGUAAAUUCAAGAUUAGAGAACUGCAUUGAUGUUGUGUCUAGUUUUCCUCUUUCAAUAAACACAAAAGCAAAUUGG